ACACACUCCUUCCUCCUUCCUUCCUUCCGUCUCUCCUCCUCUCUCACCCAUUACUUUACAUCUCUUCCUUUCCCGGCCACCUCGAAGCUUUUCUUCUCUCAUGGAGACUUGGGACAAGCCUAUUUCUUCAUCUCACCACCGUCGUCACCCUUCCUUCUCCUCCUCUCUCCUCGACCAAAUCUACCGCUCUAUCGACGAUACUUCCCCUGCCGCCCUCGACUCCACCAGGAAGAAGAAACAUCAUCAUCAUCAUCAUCACCAACACCGUAACGAAGAUCGUGAGAUCUCUCCAGUUUAUCACCGCCGCUCAGUCGCAGCUGAUUUCGAGAGAUCUAGUAGGAGGACCAACACCACCGACUUUCUCAGACAUUCUAACUCCAGCUCCUCUGACUCUAGCGGCGGCGGGUUCUCAUCUUCCGAGUCUGAUUCUUUCUACGGACGUUCCAAAUCUUCUGCCUCCCCACCUCCUUCGUCCACUCGUCAACAACAGCCGAAACCUAUUCGAACAUCAACCGUCGACCACUCCUCCUCCGUCCAGAAACCUAAAGAACUCGGUGGUUUCUUGAGGACCAAGUCAAAAGCGUUAAAGAUCUACUCCGAUUUGAAAAAAGUGAAACAACCAAUCUCUCCCGGCGGCAGACUCGCUACUUUCCUCAACUCUCUUUUCACCAACGCCGCCGCAACUAACCCUAAGAAGCAGCAGCGGAAGAAAACUACCUCCUCCGUGGAAGAAACAGUACACUCCUCUUCCACCACCACGUGCUCCUCCGCGUCUUCCUUCUCCAGGUCUUGCUUGAGUAAAACUCCGUCGUCUAGCGGCAAAUCAAAAAGAUCCGUACGGUUCUGUCCUGUCAAUGUGAUCCUCGACGAAGAUAGUACUUCUACCAUUCCCAUGCCUUACGCGUAUAACAACAGGCUCUACGGUAGUAACGAAGCUAAACGUGACGUCAUGGAAGAGCAUCGCCGUGUUAUCGAAGCAGCAAAGGAUCUUCUCAGAACUUACCAUAAUAAGAACAAGGUUACUACAACAACGUACGACGAUGACAUCAACAUCACCAACGUAGAAGAUGACGAUGAUGCCUUGAGUUGCGCCAGCUCUGAUCUAUUCGAGUUGGAGAAUCUCUCGGCGAUUGGGAUCGAGAGGUAUCGAGAAGAGCUCCCGGUUUACGAAACCACUCGUCUGGAUAAUAUGAAUCGAGCCAUUGCUACUGGUUUACUUGUAUAAUUUUAUUAUUACUUUAGUUAAUGGUUGGGGUAAUUAGUUUUUAGAUCAUUCGGUUUUUUUACCCCUUGGGGUUAAUGUUUUACCGCGUCCUGUAAACGGUUUUUGUGUUCUACUUGUUAAGUAACUCGUCUAUGUAUAUCCAUCGUUAAUUAAUUAAUCAUCUUAAACUUGGUAUCUAAGUUCAUAACUAA